AUGCCACCACGCGCAAAGGGUUCUGAAGGACGGUCUAAUGCUCCUGUACUUCCGACCAUUACGGCGACUCGCCCCAGUUUGGAGACACAACGGGAACCCCCGGAGAGGGUCACCGUAGAUCCGUCGAAGCUCGGACACAAUGCAGCUGUGAAAGCGAAGGGAGCUCCCAAACGCGAACAGAAAGCCACGCUGAGAAAUGAGCUCUUUAAAGAAAUUGGAAUCGAGGCGUGGUUUAAAGAAAAUGCUAUCCCGUACGAUUUUACACCCACGAAGAAGAGUUCUAGGAAUAAUUUCCUCACAGCUAGUAAUGUGUCUCAGAGCCAAUUGGAGAAGGUGUACCGUUGGACAUUCUUCAAGGGACGUGCUGGAGAAUCAGCACCCUUGAGACUCGUCAUGGACAAUAUCGAGGCAAUUCUCUUGGAUAGAAAGAGUCACUGCGUUUUUGCCCUUAUGUCUGGGUGCAAGAUACCCCCAUGGAUACGUGGUAUAACUAGGACCUGGGCUACGCCGCAUAGUUCUGCAUAUCAACCCCCAAGCUGGGUUACCAAGCUUCAAGUGUAUCUUUCACUGUGCGAUCCCCUGUAG